GCCGCCGUCACCAGUAGUCCACGAGACACUCUGACAGGUGUGAAGACGUACGCCCGCCAUGGAUGAUUCUGGGAUCAUCCGAAGACGAAGGCUGCAGAAGGAUCUGCCUCUGCCACGGAAAAGUAACAGUUGCAGAACCAGUAACCGGAAAAGCCUCAUCCUGACCAGUACGUCGCCCACCCUGCCACGGCCACACUCUCCACUGCCUGGACACAUAGGAAGCAGUCCGUUGGACAGCCCACGCAACUUCUCACCAAGUGGACCUGCCCACUUUUCCUUUGCCUCUUCUCGCAGGGCUGAUGGUCGUAGAUGGUCCUUGGCUUCUCUGCCUUCUUCAGGAUAUGGCACCAAUACACCCAGUUCAACAGUUUCAUCAUCCAGCUCAUCCCAGGAGCGUCUGCACCAGCUGCCCUUCCAGCCGACCAUGGAUGAGUUGCACUUCCUGUCCAAGCACUUUGGCAGCACCGAGAGCAUCACGGACGAUGACGGGGGCCGACGCUCGCCGCACGCCCGCCCUCGCUCUCGAAGCCUCAGCCCAGGGCGCUCUCCAUCCUGCUAUGACAAUGAAAUAGUGAUGAUGAACCAUGUCUACAAGGAACGCUUCCCCAAGGCCACAGCUCAGAUGGAGGAGAGGCUGGCAGAGUUCAUCCACAACUACUGCCCAGAGAGCAUCCGGCCGCUGGCUGAUGGGGUCCUUAGCUUCAUCCACCACCAGGUAGCUGAGCUGUCCAGAGACUGCCUGACCAAAUCACGUGAGGGUCUCAUCACCAGUGUCUACUUCUGUGAACUGCAGGAGAACCUGGAGAAGCUGCUGCAUGACGCUUAUGAGCGCUCAGAGAGUUCGGAGCUCACCUUUGUCAUUGAGCUGGUCAAAAAGCUCUUUAUCAUCAUAUCUCGUCCAGCCAGGCUCCUCGAGUGUUUGGAGUUCAACCCUGAAGAGUUUUACCAUUUGCUGGAGGCAGCGGAGGACCAUGCCAAGGAGGGACAACUGAUGAAGGCAGACAUCCCUCGAUACAUCAUCAGCCAGUUGGGGCUGACCAGAGACCCACUGGAGGAAAUCGUGAGCCUUGACAGCUACGACAGUGAGGGUCCUCAUACUCCAGAGACUGAUGACUCAGCAGAGGGAAAAGGGAGGGCCAUUAAGCCACCGAGUGAAGAAGAUUUUCAGAGCAUCAAACUGAUCAGCAAUGGAGCGUAUGGUGCCGUCUACCUGGUGCGCCACAGAGAGACACGUCAGCGUUUUGCCAUGAAGAAGAUCAACAAGCAGAAUCUGAUCCUUAGGAACCAGAUCCAGCAGGCUUUUGUAGAGAGAGACAUCCUCACCUUCGCAGAGAACCCGUUCGUCGUCUCCAUGUUCUGCUCCUUUGAAACUCGGAGACAUCUGUGCAUGGUCAUGGAAUAUGUUGAGGGUGGCGACUGUGCCACUUUGUUGAAGAACAUCGGGGCUCUGCCUGUGGAGCUGACAAGGAUGUACUUUGCUGAGACAGUUUUAGCCCUGGAAUACCUGCACAACUAUGGCAUCGUCCAUAGAGACCUUAAACCUGACAAUCUGCUCAUCACCUCCAUGGGACACAUUAAGCUUACAGACUUUGGCUUGUCGAAGAUGGGUCUAAUGAGCCUCACCACCAACCUGUAUGAGGGACACAUUGAAAAAGAUGCCAGAGAGUUCCUGGAUAAGCAGGUGUGUGGUACUCCAGAGUAUAUCGCUCCAGAGGUUAUUCUCCGUCAGGGCUAUGGAAAGCCAGUGGAUUGGUGGGCCAUGGGCAUCAUCCUCUAUGAAUUCCUGGUGGGCUGUGUGCCUUUCUUUGGAGACACUCCGGAGGAGCUGUUUGGACAGGUCAUCACAGACGAUAUAGUUUGGCCAGAUGGUGAUGAAGCUUUGCCUGCGGAUUCCCAGGACCUCAUCUCUGCCCUGUUACAGACCAACCCUCUUGUGAGGUUGGGUACAGGCGGAGCGUUUGAGGUGAAGCAACACUCGUUCUUCACAGAGCUGGACUGGAACAGUUUGCUGAGACAGAAGGCAGAGUUCAUUCCUCACCUGGAGUCAGAGGAGGACACCAGCUACUUUGAUACCCGCUCGGAUCGGUAUCAUCACAUCAAUACGUACGACGAGGAUGACACCAAUGACGAUGAGCCUGUAGAGAUCAGACAGUUCUCUUCCUGUUCUCCUCGCUUCAGCAAGGUGUACAGCAGCAUGGAGCAUCUGUCUCAGCUGGAGCAGAAAGCCACGACCUCUGUAUCCCGUCGGGAGCACAAGGGUCCACGGGAGGACAAGGUGACCAAGAGAGAAAGCCUAGGCAGCUUCAGCAUGAGAGACAAGAGCUGGAGGACCGGAUCCCCCGAAAUGAAGCGCCUGUCUUGUUCAGAGUCCCUCCACAUGGACGGGGAUGGGAGCCCUCCUCUUGGUGCUCGUCGGCGCUUCUCAGCACUGAUGGAUACACAUCGUUUUGCCUCACCCCUAGACGGUGAGCCAGACUUCCUGUCCCGCCAGGCGCCCAUCAAGGUCCGUGGAACCUCACUGGAUGGAACCAGUGUCCCCUCGCUAAGCCUCCUGGAGCAGAGAAACAGUCUGAAGGAGAUCAACGGAGCAGACAAAUCCCCUAGAUAUGGAGAGACACCAGGAGUAACCACGGCCAUCGCCACAUUAUCCCCAGGUCCUGCAUCAGCCGGACGUGACGUGAUAACUCCUUUGUAUGACCCUCUGGGGGCCCGGGCCACCAAUGACCUGGUCCUCCUCAGGGCACGCCAUCAGCAUUUGUCUGGGGAUGGAGAGAAACGCAACUCCAGAUCUGGAAACAAGGUCAUUAAGUCUGCCUCUGCCACAGCCCUGUCUGUCAUCAUACCAUCAGUGGAGCAGCAUGGCGGCUUCUCUCCGCUGGCCAGCCCCAUGUCCCCCCACUCUUUCUCCUCCAACCCCUCGUCACGUGACUCCUCACCCAGCAGAGACUUCUGCCCAGCGGUCAGCGUGCUGCGCUCUCCCAUCACCAUCCAUCGCUCUGGAAAGAAGUACGGUUUUACUCUCAGGGCCAUCAGGGUCUACAUCGGAGACAGUGAUGUCUACAGUGUCCAUCACAUUGUUUGGCAUGUAGAGGACAGCGGCCCCGCCCAGGAAGCUGGCCUGUGUGCCGGUGACCUCAUCACCCACGUCAACGGGGAGUCUGUCCACGGUCUGGUCCACACUGAAGUUGUAGAGCUCAUCCUUAAGAGUGGAAACAAGGUGACGGUGACAACCACGCCUUUUGAGAACACCUCCAUUAAAGUGGGUCCUGCCCGCAAGGCUGGCUACAAGUGUAAGAUGGCCCGACGAAACAAGAGGACCAUGGGCAAGGACAGCCAAGACAGUAAGAAGCGGAACUCCUUGUUCCGUAAGAUCACAAAGCAGUCCAAUCUGCUGCACACCAGCCGCAGCCUUUCCUCAUUGAAUCGCUCUCUGUCCUCCAGUGAGAGUCUUCCUGGCUCCCCAACUCACAGCUUGUCUGCCAGGUCCCCAACUAAGGGCUACCGCUCCACCCCUGAGCCCUCAUACCUGGGUGCUUCCUCCCAGAGCAGCUCUCCAGCCUCCAGCACUCCAAACUCACCCGCUCAGCAUAUGAGGCCCAGCUCCCUGCACGGCCUCUCCCCUAAACUCCACCGCCAGUAUCGCUCUGCCCGUUGUAAGUCUGCAGGUAACAUCCCCCUGUCCCCGCUCGCCCACACACCCUCCCCUACCCAGUCUUCGCCUCCACCACUGCCUGGCCACACCGUGGGGAGCUCCAACACCACCCAGUCCUUUCCUGUAAAGCUCCACUCCUCGCCGCCGGUAGUCCGCCCCAGGCCAAAGAGUGCUGAACCCCCGCGAUCACCUCUUCUCAAAAGAGUGCAGUCAGCAGAGAAGCUAGGCUCACCUCUGACCCAGUCCAGUUCUACAGGAGGGCUGGGGGGUCCGCUGAGAAAGCACAGCUUGGAGGUACAGCACUCAGAGUACCGUAAGGAUGCCUUCCUCUGUGAGCUCGGGCUCCAGAGCCUACUGGAGACAGAAGGUGAAAAUUUGCCUCCUAAUCCUCCACCUCUGCCCUCAUCCUCUACAAACCCAGGGGCCGGUGUCCUGAAGCCUAUGAGGAGACUAGGGAGACAGGAGUCUCCACUUAGCAGGGAAACACUGCUGGCUGGGAGGGAGAGGGAAGAGAGGGAGAGAGGAAGCUCACAGGCUGGCCAGAGCUCUAGACUAAGUGCAGAAACCACUAAAAUUACAACUUCUAGUACACCUACCAAAACAACAGGAAGUCUAGGUGGUCUGAAGGGGCUUGAAAAGAUCCCCCAGAAUCCGGCAGACUUAAAUUCUAAACCGCAAGACCUCAAGGCAGCCAAAAGUGUGUUAUCUAAUAGUAGAGAUCCCCAGGAGCAGCUAUGGGGCAGAACUGAACCAAAGCAAGAAGGUGACAACAAGAGUAGGCCUGGUUUAUCUGGUGCUGCCUUCACCAAGAGCUCUGCUUCUACUCCAGAUAAAUCCAUCAGCAUCAACGCAACAGUGAAAGCCGGUCCUCUCAACAUGAACAAAACCUUUAAACCAUCAGGUAUGGGGGACAGCCUGAGAAAAGCUGGUUCAGAGAGUAGUGACUCGAGGACUCCAGACUUCGGUUCUAAAAGCCCCAAACUCCCAGCUCGCGUUCUUGCUCCCGUCAUUCCCCCACAUGGGCAGCCGCUCUCGCUUGGCAAGGUGAGGCAAGGACUUGGGCCUGUCAACUGCUACCGGGGAACCCUUGACUGGGAGGAUAAAUGUCGCCUGGAGGUGGUGGAGGAGCAUUCACCUUCCCCUUCUCCCUCCCCGACUUCGGUCACCCCCUCCCUCUGCGGACCUUCCCUCUGUAAGUCACGGCCUGUCUCCCCUGGCGACAAGACAAGCUUCGUCAGCCAGCUGACCACUGUGGCCAAAAAUGUCCUUGGACCAAUCAAGCUUGGCUCUCAGGAGGGGUCCAAGAGCAAGGACCAGCAGACUAAGGCAGUGGAGGAGAGACAGGGAGGCACAGCAGCAAAGUCUGACCCUCCUGCUGGAGGUCGAGUGAUUGUUGGGUCUGCAGUGGUGACCCAAAGUCCUGCUGCUUCACCGCUAGAGAGGGCUGCAACAGGUAGCAACCAGUCGAAAAUGUGA